AUGGCCUACAGAGUUGAGCUCUCAAAGACUGGCCGUGCUGGCUGCACAGCCGUCCACUGCAAGAAGGAGGGCAUUAAGAUCCAGAAAGGCGAGCUCAGAAAUGGUGUUUUGGUUGACAUGGGCGACUACCAAUCGAUGAAGUAUCGUCACUGGGGCUGCGUCACACCAUCCGUCAUCUUCAACUGGAAGGAGACAUCGGGCGGAGACAUGGACUUGGUCGAUGGCUAUGACGAGCUUCCUGACGAGUGCAAGGUGAAGGUCGCACGCGCCUUUGAACAGGGUCAUGUUGACGACGAGGAUUGGAAUGGCGACCUGGAGUGCAACAGAUAUGACCCAGAGAAUAAGAAGCAGGGCAUGUUUGUCAAGCCAAUGACAGCCACUGAGAAGAAGAAUAUUGAGAGGGCGGAGGCAAAGGCCGCGAAAGAAGCGGCCAAAGCGGACGGUUCGUCAAAGCCGGCCAAGAAGCGCAGCCGCAAGCAAGCCGAAGACGAGGGUGAUGAGGAGGAGGCCCCACCUGCCGCAAAGAAGGCUCGCGGCAAGAAAGCCAAAGAUGAGGAUGCCGAAGCUGAUGAAGACGUGCCGACGGCAAAGAACAAAUCAAAAGCGAAGAAAGCUCGCUCGGAGGCCGAGCCUGAGCCUGAGCCUGCAAAGAAAUCUCGUGCUCGCAAAGCCAAAGCCGAACCUAUCAGUGAUGAAGUCGAAGCGGAGGAAGUGGACGAUGAGCCACAGCCUGCAGCCACGAAGAAGUCAAAGGCUACCAAGAAGGCACCCGCUACGCGUGAGGAGCCUCUCGACGAGCCAGAUGAUGAGCAGGAGGAGGCUAUCGAGAAGCCAAAAGCCAAGGCCAAGGGCAGGAAGAAGAAGGCCGCUUCUGAGUAA